UCACAACUUCCUUUGUGGCCGAGGAAGAUACCAUUGAAAAUCUUAACAUCAAAGCAUUAGAGAAGGAGUUCAUUGAGGAUGUUGAGAAAGAAGAUGGCAAAUUGAACAAGUUUUCAUCAGCUAAUAGAAGUAAGAAUAAGAUUGAAGCAGAGAAAGUUGGAAAGAAGAAGAGAAAUAUUGCUUCAGCAUCAACAGCACUGCUAUUUGGCACAAUCCUUGGCCUCCUUCAAGCUUCAAUCCUUAUUUUUGCAGCCAAACCUCUUUUAGCUAUCAUGGGUCUCAAACUUGAUUCUCCUAUGAGAGAUCCAGCAGAGAAGUACCUGAAGCUGAGAUGUAUUGGGGCUCCUGCUUAUCUUCUCUCAUUGGCGAUACAAGGCAUCUUUCGCGGCUUCAAGGACACAACUACUCCUUUAUAUGUCAUUCUUGCGGGAUAUUCUUUGAAUGUGGCAUUGGAUCCGCUAUUUAUUUUUGUAUUGAAAUUUGGCAUCAGAGGCGCAGCAUUUUCGCAUGUCAUCUCCCAGUACAUGAUGGCAACGAGCCUCUUGUUUUUAUUAACGAAAAAAGUGUAUCUGUUACCUCCAAGGCUGAAGGAUUUGCAGAUUUUUCGAUUUCUCACAAAUGGAGGACUGUUGUUGAUGAGGGUAGUAGCUGUGACUUUUUGUACAACUUUUGCAGCAUCAUUAGCAUCUAGGUUAGGUCCAAUUCCUAUGGCAGCAUUUCAGACAUGCUUACAAGUUUGGUUAACUUCAUCCCUUCUUGCUGAUGGUUUGGCUGUUGCUGUUCAGGCAAUUCUAGCAUGUUCCUUUACCGAGAAAGAUUAUAAGAAGGCAGCAAGUUCAGCAACCAGGACACUGCAGAUGAGUUUUGUGUUAGGACUAUUCCUCACGUUUCUUGUUGCCUUUGGACUUUACUUUGGAGCUGGAUUGUUUUCCAAAAAUCAUCAAGUUGUGCAACUCAUCAGAUUAGGCACUUCGUUUGUGGCUGCUACUCAAUCAAUCAAUACAUUGGCUUUCGUCUUUGAUGGUGUAAACUAUGGAGCUUCUGAUUUUGCAUAUUCGGCAUACUCCUUGGUGCUUGUGUCAAUAGUAAGUAUUUCUACAGAAUUUGUUCUCUACAAAUUCAAACAAUUCAUUGGGAUCUGGAUUGCACUAGCCAUCUAUAUUACUCUCCGCAUGUUUGCUGGAAUUUGGAGGAUGGGAACAGGGACUGGACCUUGGCGCUUUCUCAGAGGAGGCUCUUAUUCAAUUCUUUAGGAUCAUCUUCUCAUGUUUUUAAUUUGUACCACUUUGAUUUGCGCCAGCAUGUUAUCAUUUCUUAUAGUAGUAAAUGUUUAAUUUUAUCCUUAAUCCUUAAUAUAAGAUUUUUACACUUUGCAAUUAUGAUUCAAUUUAACUUUUGAAUUUUCAAAGUAUUUAAUUUAGUCUCUGGAUUACAUUAUGUUAUUCAACUUAGUCCCAUUAAAUUUUAAGGACUAAUUA